CCGGAAAAGGAGGAGCCGGGAGAGGAGGGCUGGUUCCCAAGUUUCUCAAUUGGGUAAAAGCUGCAAGGUGUUAGCAGCCUCAUUUCAGCUGCAACUCCUCAGUCCUGUUCGAACUCUAUCCCUCUGUCCCAGCAACCAUGGCCAGCCCGCUGCGCACCCCGCUGCUCCUGCUAGCCAUCCUGGCUGUGGCCUCGGCUGCGAACACCAAGCAAGGUCCGCGCCUCUUGGGAGGCCUGCAGGAGGCCAAAGUCGAGGAAGAGGGCGUGAAGCAAGCUUUGGACUUCGCCAUCAGCGAGUACAACAAGGGCAGCAAUGAUGCGUACCACAGCCGCGCCCUAGAGGUAGUGAGAGCCCGUAAGCAGAUGGUGGCUGGAAUAAACUACUAUUUGGAUGUGAUGGUAGGCCGAACCACAUGUACCAAGUCCCAGCCAAACCUGACAGAUUGUCCUUUCCAUGACCAGCCCCAUCUGAUGAGGAAGACACUCUGCUCCUUCCAGAUCUACACUGUGCCCUGGCAAGGCACACAGACCCUGACAAAAUCCAGCUGCAAAAGUGCCUAAGGGUUGAGUCCAGUAGGGUGAUGCAGACCGCUCCUUACUUGUACUCCUUCCCUGUAGUGUCCUAUCCCUUGGAAGAGUGUUCCAGCUCUGGGGGACUUCUCCAGUGUGCCAGCACCAGGAGACAGUUGAGAAGCUGCUGCAGACAGGUUUUGCACAUCUGAACAGCUGUCCCUGGUUCCACUCUUCUCCUUGCAGUACAUGUCAUGCCUUGCUCAAAAAAAAAAAAAAAAAAAAAAAAAAAAAAAAAAAAAAAAAAAAAAAAAAAAAAAAAAA